AGUGAGGCGGGGAGGCAAGAUGGCGUCCCGCGGCGCCUCGGCUAAGCGUGGCUCCACUGCCGGCGCCGGGUCCGGGGGCUCUCGAGGCUCCGAGCCUCAGGAGGAGCCGCCGCCCCCGCUCCAGGCCGUGCUGGUGGCCGACAGUUUCAACCGCCGCUUCUUCCCCAUUUCCAAGGACCGCCCGCGGGCUCUGAUUCCUCUAGCAAAUGUGGCCAUGAUAGAUUAUACUCUGGAAUUCCUAACGGCAACUGGAGUGGAGGAAACCUUCGUUUUUUGCUGCUGGAAGUCGGCAGAGAUCAAGGAACAUCUACAGAAAUCCAAGUGGUGCCGGCCGACUUCUCCAAACACAGUGCGGUUUGUUACCUCGGACCUCUACCGUUCUCUUGGUGACGUAUUGAGGGAUGUUGAUGCCAAGUCUCUUGUUCGUUCCGACUUUGUCCUUGUCUCCGGAGAUGUAGUGUCCAAUAUUAACAUUUCCAAAGCUUUACAGGAGCACAGGAGACGGCGUAAAGCGGAGAAGAACGUGUCUGUGAUGACGAUGAUUUUCAAAGAGUCUUCUCCAGGUCACCGGGUCAGAUGUCAAGAGGACGAUGUUAUCCUUGCUGUGGACAGUGCAACAAAUCGAGUUCUUCACUACCAGAAGACACAAGGGCUGAAGCGCUUCCGCUUUCCCAUGAGCUUGUUCCAGAGCAGCAUAGAAGAAGUGCAAGUACGGCAUGACUUGUUGGACUGUCACAUUAGCAUCUGCUCCCCUCAGGUGGCUGAGCUGUUCACGGAUAACUUUGACUACCAGACUCGGGAUGACUUUGUGCGUGGCCUUUUGGUUAAUGAAGAGGUUCUGGGCAACCAGAUCCACCUGCAUGUGACAUCAGAAGAAUAUGGUGCCCCUGUAUCCAACUUGCUGAUGUAUGAAUCCGUGUCCUUUGACGUUAUCCAACGCUGGGUUUACCCGAUGACCCCGGAGACGAACUUCAGCAACGACCAGAAGCAAAGUUGCACCCAUUCACGCCACAAUAUCUACCGGGGAGCAGAAGUGAGCCUGGGCCAUGGCAGCGUGCUGGAAGAGAACGUCUUGAUUGGACGGGGAACGUCUGUGGGCAACAAGUGCUUAAUAACCAACAGUGUCAUUGGGCCAGAUUGCAAGAUAGGUGACGAGGUUGUUCUGGACGGGGCAUUCCUCUGGAACGGUGUCUCUGUCGGAGACCAUGUGAAAAUCCAGCAGUCAAUCGUCUGCGAUGAGGCUGAGGUGAAGAAAGGGGUAACGCUGAAUCCUCGCUGUGUCCUCACUUCCCAGGUGGUGGUGGGCCCUGACUUCAUCCUCCCAGAAGGCACCGUAAUCUCCUUACAUCCCACAGAUGAGGAAGAGGAGGACGAUGACCAGUUCAGCGACGAUUCUGGCGUGAAUAAAGAGGAGAGCAAAGCUAAGUUAAAAGAUUACAACAUGGCAGAAGUGGGCUCCGAAGGUAGAGGCUACCUCUGGAAAGCAGACAGCGAAAAUGACGUGGAUGAAGAGGAGCAAAGGCAGAGCCUGUGGGGCCCCACUUUAAAUGCAGAAGGAGAAAGUGAGACAGAAAGCGAUGUGAGUCUGGGGUCCGAGCAGCCGGAUAGUCGGGCAGCUUCCCCUCAGCUGGAUGACAUCAAAGUCUUCCAGAAUGAGGUGCUGGGUACUUUGCAGAGGGGAGAAGAGGAAAACAUCUCCUGUGACAACCUGGUGUUGGAGAUCAACUCUCUCAAGUAUGCGUAUAACAUUGGCCUGAAGGAGGUGAUGGAGGUACUCAGCAAGGUGGUCCUGGAGUUUCCCCUGCAACAGAUAAACUCCGAAAAAGAUCCCCAGCACUAUUGCAUCUUGGUAGUCCCUUUACUGAAAAACUGGGCUCCGGUCUUCAAGAACUACAUCAAGCGGGCAUCUGAUCAUUUGGAUGCCCUCCACGCCAUUGAGGACUUCUUCCUAGAGCAUGAAGACCUUUGCAUGUCUAUGGCCAAAGUGCUGAUGACUUUCUACCAGCUGGAGAUCUUGGCGGAAGAGAUGAUUCUCACCUGGUUUUCUCAACGAGACACAACUGAUAAAGGCAGACAGCUCCGUAAAAAUCAGCGGCUUCAGAAGUUUAUCCAGUGGCUGCAGGAGGCCGAAGAGGAAUCAUCAGAGGGUGAGGAAAACUGACAUGUUGGCCUCCAUCUGCAAGGGCUGCUCCUGCUGCCCGUCCGGGAAGAAGAGACGGCCCUGGCCUCGGGCCUCAGUUGGAGGGAGCAGAGCAGGAGCAAGACCCAGUGCAUGGCGUGUGCGUGUGGGAUCUGCGAAUCGGAGUGGCUGACAAUCCCAUUGUCGUUUAUUAUUGUACUUCGCACCUGUCCCCUGGCAUGUCACAUCAUGCAGGAACCACUGGUGGGAGGAGCCAGAGACCUGUAUAUGUUCAAGAUCUUUGCGGGGCAGGGGAUGUCUGUGUAUAAAUAUACAUACAUAUAUAUAUAUAUAUAUAUGCGGUGAUGUAUAAUAAAAUAUCAGGAGUUGCUGGGGUGGGUGGGUGGGAUCUUGCAGCUGACAUAGAGGGUAACAGAGGCAAAUAUGUACAGGCCCCAAGUCAACCUUAACUGUUGGGGUAUGAACCACUAUGGAAUUGUGUAAAAAAAAGAAAAAAAAUAUCCUGUAAUGGCUGAGGUUAUUUGAAGCCCUUGAGUCUUGGGCAGGAGGGGGGAGGCGGAGCUGGGUAUUGCAAACAAUUCCUUUAUUUUGUCUGAAAGCCCAACUGGUAAAGAGACAGCGCAAAAAUUGAUGGUCAAAGCUCAGGAGCAAUGCGAGAAGAAUUUAUGGGGAGAGUUGUGUGAGGGUGCCAAGAUAUCCAGGCCCUGGGAAAAGCUGCCUCUCUGGAACGGGAGGAGCGUUUUGCAGUAGAGCUAACUUCCACAUUAACUCUGAAGUCCGUUUGGCAUUGCAGCCUUUGCCAAAAUCACGGAGUCUCUUCUGUUUGUGCAAAACGGGAAAGUAUUUACCUACCUCACACGGUGUGAGUUUGUAUGAAAAAUCUGCAAAAGUGUUCUUAUGCUCAUGAGGGGCGGGGCGGGGGGGGCGGGACUUAUUUAUCCACAUCUGGCCUGCAUGCUGACCAGUCUGGCUCUGGAAGGGGGUAUGUACCCUUCAGUGCCACUCUUUCCUGAAGCACGGGCACCCCUGGCACUACCAAGAAGUUUCAGGGAAUCUGUUACUCUGCAUUUACUAAAUACGUCCAUGUUCUGCCUUGGGCCUCGGUGACAGCCCGGACUCUGUGUGUGUCAAACACAAACUAGAUAGACACAAGUGAGGUCAGUUGUAUGCUGCACUCAGGAUCCGACUGACCCUCGAGUAACAUACAUACUGGUUUAUCGGUUUUAAACUAUGCUUUGGCUUCCCCUUAAAUUAAAAUAAUUUCUCCUUGCCCUUUUCUCAUUACUGACAGAUUCUGCAAACAAUUUGUGUCCAUCAUUACAACAGGGGGCCAAGAGGCACAGCGGGCAACAGCUUGUGUUGGCAGAGUGUUGUUGACUUGCGGAUACGGGCUUAUCAUUCCCCCACUGCCAGUGGGUACUUCCCGCUGACUUUCAGCUAGCUGGUGGGGGGGGGAACUGGCAGGAAAUGGGGAAAAUGCCAGUAGAGGCAUUCUACUGAUGUCACUCCCAUGUGUGCAGAAAUGAUCUCCGCACGUUGCCAGAGGAAACCAGGGACCUCUGCUAUUUGGGCAAAACUAUGGUUAAACCAUAAGAGUUUUGCCCAGCGUCCCUCAGCAAUGUGCUGACAUCACUUCCAGGUGCAUGGGGGUGACAUGAUGGUGUUGCUGGCGAGGGCUCUUCCUCUGCCACAGCCUAGUAAGUCCCUCCACCAGUUGCUGGGGGCAGGAGGGCUGGCAAACUUAUACUGAUCUUGCUGCUUUUUUUCUUCAUGAGUAGCUACAGCAUAUCCAAGGGGAGAAGAAUACCAGCUGUGCCCACCUGCGCGUGUGGCUUUUUGACAUUGGAUGGGGCUGUUUUGCCACAUGGCCGAAAUGAGGUCAUUAACCUGUCUGGGAUGGAAGGAAGACCCCCUGUUUGGAGGGAAAUCCUGAACAUGGAGCUGAGCUUUUCAUCCCACUCUGUCCACCCUUGUGAAUGUUCAGAGGGGGGUGCAUUUUCUGUGUCUGCCAAUAUUUAAUUUGUGGAGGAAUAAAUAUCCCUGAGAGAAAAAGAAUGGCUUCUCUGCUCUGUGAUGUUUUUGAGUUGGAACAUGUCUUAAUAGGAGCUGGGUGGACCACUCAGCCCUCGGCGCAGUUAUUCUUUUCGAAGCUCCGUCAAUGGAUUGAGAAGGUUGUAACUCCGUUUAGGAGGUUCGCAGAUUACUCUGGAUAAGAAACGUUUCCAAAAUCCCAUUUAGCUGAUGUAGCGGCUAUGGCCUCUUUCACUAAAAUCCCUUGCCGGUCUGUGUAGGAGAGUGUUUCUGCCGGCGUGGUUUGGCUCGCCGGCAUGUUUACAAGCC